AUGGCGUCGAACGAGCUCUUCACCAUCCCCAUCCCCGGCACCGAGGCUCACCCGGGCGGCGCCAUCGUCUGCACCACGCCGGCGCCGCAGGUCUAUCUGCUGACGUGGUCGUCGCCGACGGACAACCGCCUCACGCCGGCCUUCAACACGGCGCUGAUGACGGCGCUCGACGCCAUCGAGUUCGGGCAGGCGCCGGGCGUGGUGGUGACGACGUCGGCGAUCGCCAAGUUCUACAGCAACGGGCUCGACCUGCAGCUGGCGCUGAGCACGCCGGGCUUCCUGGAGACGAGCCUGUACCCGCUGUUCCGGCGGCUGCUGACGUACCCGAUGCCGACGGUGGCGCUGCUCAACGGGCACGCCUUCGCCGGCGGCAUCAUGCUGGCGAUGCACCACGACUACCGCGUCUUCGGCGCGGCCAAGGGCUACGCCUGCGUCAACGAGCUCGAGUUCGGCGUGCCGCUGACCCCGCCCAUGAGCGCCAUCUUCCGGCUCAAGCUGGCGCCCGCCGCGUAUCGCGAGCUGGUGCUCGAGGCGCGGCGCUACGGCGCCCGCGACGCCCUGGCCGCCGGGCUCGUCGACGCUGUCGGCGACGGGCUCCCCGCCGCCCUCGAGCUGAUCCGCGCCCGCGGGCUCGCCGCUAAGGGCACCUCCGGCGUCUACGGCCUGCUCAAGGCAGAGAUGUACCGCGAGAGUAUCGCCCUGCUCGACGGUCCCAGCGCGAACCCCGCCGAGACGCGGGACGUCGAGGUGAAGCGGAAGGCCGCGGGCGCCAAGCGGUACAAGGAGUGGAAGAAUGCCCAGGUUACGGGCGCCAAAUUGUAA